AUGGAGCUUCUCAUAUAUUGCCGUUGUGGUUGUACAUCUGCUCUUCUCUUCAUUCCUUCUUUCUUCUCUCAACACGUCAACUCCAACCUGCCCAUUGUGUACUUCGAGGCCAUAGUACACCUGGUGAGUACUCCAUGUUUUGCUCCAAUGAUAUAUAAUAAUACAUUUUGUCUGUUGUUUUAUAUCUCUACAUCUUUGAGCGCCUCCGCCUUGUAUCCAUAUAUACCAACCAACACACGGUUUCAUAAACAACUCGUUAUCCAUACCGCAAAUCGAAACCAAAGAGAGGAAAAGGACGCAAAAAUGGUUCAACGAAACGUCACCAUUGCGAUUAUCCUCAUUGUGCUAUUUAUCCUCCUUGCUGCAGUUGGGAUUGUAAUCUUCUAUAUCAACAGCCGCUUGGGCUGGUUCGCACGGGCAAGAGAAGUGGACGAAGAACAAUAA